AUGCUGCCCUCAACCACUCCAAGUCGACCCUGGGAAGAGGUCGGCAUCGAUCUUUUCCAUCUCAAUGGCCAAGACUUUGUCCUUCUGGUGGAUUACCGGUCACGCUUCCCGGAAGUCAUCAGUCUACGUUCAACCACAGCACUUGCGGUCAUCAAUGCCGUCAAGAGCGUUUUCGCACGCCAUGGCAUUCCGAGACUGGUGCGCAGCGACAACGGUCCUCAGUUUGCUGCGAAAGAGUUCUCUGCCUUCGCCAAGUCCUACGGCUUCUGCCACGUCACCAGCAGCCCCCAUUUUCCACAGUCGAAUGGGGAGGUGGAACGGAUGGUGAGGACAGUCAAAGACCUGCUGCGGAAGGCCGAUGAUCCCUACCUGGCACUUUUGGUAUACCGGGACACACCUGGAGUAAAUGGAGCCGGAGAGCGGGUCUGGGUGCGAGAUGUCAACUCCCCAGCAACCGUCUUAGGGCCAGCUCAACGCCCGCGCUCCUACGUGGUGGAGACUCCGACGGGUGUACUUCAGCGUAACCGGAUGCACCUGGUACCAACGACGGGAACCCCCACUGCCAACCCUCCUGUAACCCCAGUGGCGGAUCAGCCCGAGACGACUACAACACCUGGAGCUGACCAAGCAGCACAAGACCAGCAAACCACGUCGCCUCGGGAAAGAACCUCCACUGCAGAGGAACCUCAGGGUUCUGCUUCCACGCCACGCGUCUCACGGUCGCGGUAUGGCAGGAGGAUCCGCAGGCCGAAAAGACUCGACCCGUGA